AUGUCAUUCCGUAGUCUAGAGCAGGCGUAUAUUGGGUCACAGCUUGGUGACAGAGAUGUCAACACAGAGCACUGGAUAGGACUCAGUAAAGGUGACAAGGGAGACAGCUACUCUUGGACCUCAGGGGAACAUGUGGCAUACACCAACUGGGACCAAACACACUCAGGAAACGGAGAAUACGUCUGUGUAGCGAUAACAGUAUCCGGUAAGACAGCAGGUAAAUGGGCAGACCGAGCCUGCUCCCAGACCAAAAGCUACAUUUGUGAAUAUCCCAGAAAGGGGUACCAGCAGAAUAAAGUCGGUACAACUCCAAGACCUCCCGCCUGUCCUUUGGAACACUACUGGAGAGGAUAUGGCGAUUACUGCUACAAGAGAGUGUUUGGUCGUCAGACUUGGUUCCAAGCCUGGGAAUUAUGUAAGAAUCUUGGAGGUGACCUUGCUAGCUUUCAUAGCCAACGCCAGAUGAACGAAGCUGCGGAUGUGCCACAAUACGCGAGUGGUUACAGAGACAACUUCUGGAUCGGCCUGCACAAACCCACCAAGAACAGCAGCUAUGUCUGGACAGAUGGUUCUGCUCUGGACUAUACUAACUGGGACGAGGGAGAACCCAAUGACCAUAACGGUCUGGAGAGCUGUGUGGAACUGAACAGAGGACAACGGGGCCUGUGGAACGAUGCCAACUGUUACACCUUGAAGCAGUGUAUUUGUCAAGUUAAGAGAGGUGACCCAGUGUAUACUUCGAUGUCUACGCCGGCCACAACAAAAGCUCCUCACUGCGGAAACGACACCAACUGGCUAAGUCACGGAGAUUAUUGCUACUACCUGAGCCUUAGAUAUGGCAGGGGCGCCCAGUUACCCUGGCAUGACGCCAAGAUCUACUGCAUACAAAACGGUGGUGAUCUUAUCAGCAUACACAGUGUUGACGAGAACAAUUUCCUGAUUUCUCAAGCUUAUGAUUCGAGACAGUUCUGGAUUGGAUUAAAUGCUCUGGAUUUUGAAAGUUACAAGUGGAGUGAUGGCAGUGUGUUGGACUUCCUGGCCUGGGACGUGAACCAGCCAACCAACCUUUAUGGUGGCCAGAGAUGUGCCACAUUUAGCAAGCUAACAGGAAAUUGGGGAAACGAGAAUUGUGGUGAAUAUAAAAAUUAUAUAUGUAAACGGCACAAGGACACGAGAACCACGGUGGCUCCGACCCCAACUCCAGUCAUACUUGGGGGCUGUCCGACAGGAUUCCAAGGCAUUGCGUUUCUGACUACUGUUCUUAAAGACAAGACUUUAAACUACUGGAUAGGCCUAAGCAUACAGUGGGUUGGUUACAAGCGCAGAUACAGAAGAUUUCGCUGGGCAGACAAUUCUAAAAUCGACUAUGCCAAUUGGGAUUUCGGAGAGCCCAGUGGAACUUCAUACACCCCUAAGGAAGAUUGUGUGGCUGUUGCUUCAAAGGGAAACUCUAUUGGGCGAUGGCGAGAUCAUGGGUGUAAUGUAAAGAUGGGCUAUAUAUGCCAGACUUGGAAAGAUCCUAACCUUCCCACAUCACAAGCGCCCACACAAGCAGGCUCACUUUGUCCAACUGGCUACGAAUCAUUUGGAUCUGCCUGUUACCAACUGACGUCACCAAUGACCUGGGAAGAGGCCAAUGUCACGUGUGAGGGACAGCAAGACAGCCUGGUGUCCAUAUUAGACCCCCAUGAGCAAGCUUUCCUUGUUUUGAUGAUGCAUCGGAAUGAUACACAGCCUGUGUGGAUUGGGUUACAUAGAAAUAGGUCAUCAUUUGAAUGGGUUGAUGGAUGGCUUGUGAAUUAUGUCAACUGGAACGCUCGGGAACCUUCCCGGAACACGGGAGACUACUGCGUACUUCUCGACACUAAUGGACGUUGGAAUGACACAGUGUGUUAUAGGAAAUUUCGAGCGAUUUGCAAGAAAACAUCAGUUCGGCCGCCCACUCCGACUGCAGAAAUCCCUGGCACUUGUCCGGACGCCACCUGGCAUCCCUAUGGUUCCUAUUGCUACUUUAUGUCGAAAGGAUAUGCAAUGUGGGCAGGUGGCAUUUUCCAGUGCCACAAAAAGGGGGCGACACUGGCCUCCAUCUCAGACCAAGGGGAGAUGGACUUUAUACUGCGGACCGUUAGAGAGCAGCUGAUAACGGUGGAUCUGUGGAUAGGACUAUAUAGGAAUAUUGAUGGGUCACUCCGUUGGUACGAUGGCACUCCUAUCAAUUACGAGAACUGGGGAAUAGGGCAGCCAUCUUCAGAGAAGGACAUGGACUGUGUAUAUGCCGCCAAAGGGCGCGGUGAUUGGCAGGCGGGGCGGUGCGGCCUAGCAAUAGGCUAUAUUUGUAAAGUACCCAAAGAUGGCGCUGAGCACAUUUGGUCUGACAGCACGGAGACCAACUUCACGAACUGGGAUGACGGACAGCCAGACAACCAUAACGGAAUGGAGCGCUGUGUUGGGAUGUUUGCCACAACGGGAAAAUGGCGAGAUGAGAACUGUGCAAGCGCAAGAGGUUGGAUUUGCAAGGUACCUCUAGGGGCAACGACGGUCUCGAGGACAACAGAAGGGACAAGUAUAGCCGGCAACAUCUGUGGAGAUAAUUGGCAUUCUUUUGGGGACAACUGUUAUUUCUACAGUCAUCGCUGGGGUGAUCCAGGGCGCGAGUCGUGGCGCAGUUCUCGAAAAUGGUGUCUAAAGAACGCAGGCGAUUUGCUUAACAUCCAGACCCCAGAAGAGGCCGAUUUCAUCACCGCCUUAAUUGGUAGAACAGAGCACGCUAAAUUAUGGAUAGGAGCUAAUAAUGUAGACUUGAACGGCUACAAGUGGACUGAUGGAACGCCCGUGAACAACAUCAACUGGGCUAAAAAUGAGCCAAACUCAAAGAACGGAGACCAGAGAUGUAUCAAUAUCUACACUGGCAAGGAGAAUAUACAAGCUGGCACUUUUAAUGAUGACAACUGCGGUGACAAGCUACCGUUUAUAUGUAAGAGGCACGUGUCAAGUAGAACUACCGGGACCAUGCCGCAGACCUCUUUAAUACCAGGGCACUGCCCUGUUGGGUUUGAAGGCGUAGGAAACCGGUGUUAUAAAUUUGUUGGAGUAAAGGAAUCAGACAGAAAGAAUUACACCGACGCCAAGGCCGCGUGCGCCGCCAUGGGAAAAACAGUCUUCCUGGCCAGCAUCACCAACUCUUUUGAACAAGCUUUUGUUACGAGUAGAGUUCAAGACACGGAUGUUAACUACUGGAUUGGAUUAAGUGACUAUGACCGCCAACAUUUUUUCCGAUGGUUGACGAAUGAAGAUUUGACAUAUACCAAUUGGGAUACUAAUGAACCUACAAACUUUUUCGUUUCGCAGGGAGAAAACUGUGUCCAAGUUCAAUCAUCCAGAGACAGUGCUGGGAAAUGGGCAGAUGACACUUGUUCUAAGCGAUACGGCUACAUUUGCCAAACAUGGAAAGAUCCCUCCAUCAAAACACCAUGGACUACGCAAUCCACAGUUCGGGUAAUUACUUGCCCUGAAGACUACUCCACCUUGGACGGUCGCACGUGCUUUAAGCUGUACACUGACCCUAGACCGUGGCGACUGGCACAUAGGCAGUGCACGACGGACAGGGCAUAUUUGGCAUAUGUUCCAGACGCUGUCCAGAAGGCAGGCUUAAUGACGUUUUUAAUCCAAAGCGGAAAACUGUCGGUGUGGUUGGGUUUGAAAGACAUGGGACGACAACGUUUCAAGUGGGUGAAUAACUGGCCCCUCCAAUACACCAACUGGGACAAGAACGAACCCAGCGCGGGCGUCGCAGAGGCAUGCGGAGUAAUGGCGCCAGAUGGCAAAUGGAAGAAUGAAUUGCCAUCUCCAACAGAGUCAUUUGCGAGUUGGUGUCCUGAAAGUGGACUAUGGAGAGAAUACGACACCUCUUGUUUUUACUUCGAUGCACAAGUCCGCCAAACUUGGGCACAUGCCAGCUUUGAAUGUUUUAAACGAGGAGGCCACCUUGCGUCAUUUAGCAAUCAAGACGAAGUUGACUAUAUAAUCGGUCUGCUGAGAUAUGAGAGCCGGCCUGAAGAUCUGUGGAUUGGUCUUGUGCGAAGAUUUGAAAAUGAUACCUUCACCUGGUACGAUGGAAAGACUGUUGGCUUUACUAACUGGUCGCCUGGGGAACCAACGCACAAAGAUGGAGAGCAAGCCUGCGCAGUUUUCCUGAUCAAAACUGGACAGUGGAGAGCUACGAGUUGUACGGACAGAAAUGGGUUCAUAUGUAAAGCUCCUGCUAAUAUUCCGGCAACCUCCCAUGCCAGUGGAAAACCUUCGACAAGUCCCGCCAAAACUCAUGAGAAGUCCUCUCAGGCGAAAUCAGGAGGUGCUGCAUCGCCUGUUCCAAACAGUUUCUUGUGGCUUAUUCUGUGCAUAACUACAGGGGUAUAUUAUAACGUUGGGCAUGGAAACACAGCGUAA